AUGGUUGGGGCACGUGGGCUGAGCCUGCUGCUGCUGGUAUUUCCCACCAUCAGCAAUGCCAGGCCGGACACGGUGGUCAGGAUCAACCAGGCGGCGCUGCGCUAUGUGUCAGACAUUGGGAAAGCCCCUCUACAGCAGGCCCUUCAGAUCAUGGUCCCUCCGCUUUUCGACCUGGAUAAGGACAGCGAGGUGCUUCAGGUCACCCGGAUCCAGAUUCUGAGUGUCCAUGUGCCCAGCCUCCACCUGCAGUUCAUUCCCGAGUUUGGGGUGCACUUGUCAGCAGCAGCCAACUUUACUUUCAAGGUCUUCCGGGUCACAGAGCCACUGGAGCUGACGCUGCCCGUGGUCCUGCAGGCUGAGGCCCACGUGACCCAGGACUCCAUUGGGACCCCUGUCGUUAGCAUCUCUGCCUGCUCCUCACUCUUUGGCACUGCCACAGUGCCUGAUGGCAAAGACAGCCCCCACCCCACGCUGCUAGCCCGUGUGCAAACGCACAUCCAAACAACGAUGGGCAGUAAGCUAUGUCUGAGUGUCUCUGGCCUGGUGCAGGAGUUCAACGUCCACCUGGGCACUUUGAUCGGCCUCACCCCUGUGGGCCCCGAGUCCCAGAUUCGCUACAGCAUGGUCAGCACGCCGACCAUCUCCAGCGACAGCAUCUCCCUGGACAUCGAUGCUACCCUCUUUCUGCUGGGCAAGCCCAUUGUCCUGCCUGCGAAUGCUAUCCCUUUUGUAUUGCCAUGGCAUGCGGGUGCCAAGGAUGCCAUGGCCACCGUGGGCCUCUCCCAGCACCUGUUUGACUCCGCCCUCUUGCUGCUGCAGAAGGCUGGUGCUCUCAAUCUGGAUGUCACUGGGCAGCUGAACUCGGCUGACAACCCGCUGAACACUUCUGAGUUGGGCCAGCUGUUCCCUGAGGUUGCCCGGCAGUUCCCAGAGCCCAUGCCUGUGGUGCUCAAGGUCCGGCUGGGUGCCACACCGGUGGCUACACUCCACACCAACAAUGCCACACUGCGGCUGCAGCCCUUGGUGGAAGUCCUGGCCAUGGCCUCCAACUCAGCUUUCCAGUCUCUCUUCUCCCUGGACGUGGUGGUGAACCUGAACCUUCAGCUGUCUGUGUCCAAGACAAAGCUCCAGGGAACCACGUCUGUGCUGGGGGACAUCCAGCUUGCUGUGGUCUCCUCCAACGUGGGCCUCAUUGAUCCGGCUCAAGUACACUUGCUCAUGGGCACGGUGUUCGAGAAGCCCCUGCUGGACCACCUCAACGCUCUCCUGGGCCUGGGCAUUGCCCUCCCUGGUGUGGUCAACCUCUGCUACAGCGACCCUGAAGUCUUUGUCCAAGAGGGCUACGUGGUGAUAUCCAGUAGACUCCGCUACCAGCGCUGA